UGGGAAAGUUCCUCUCCCUUUGCUCUCUUACUGUCGACAACAGGAACAUCACGGCAUCAUUUUAAGCUUGGUUUCAGCUAAACAGACAUACAGAGCUACAGGAUCAUCAGAAGAACAGGAAAAACAGAGAGACAGGUGCAGAAUAUGUCCAAAGGUGAAUGGAGUUUUCUAGAAUCCCUGUUAGAGGACAGCCAGGAGUACUCAACUAGUGUCGGACGCGUGUGGCUCACUGUCCUUUUUCUCUUCCGCGUCCUCGUCUUAUGUACUGCAGCUGAGUCUGCGUGGGAUGAUGAACAGGAAGAUUUUGUCUGCAACACCCAACAGCCCGGCUGUGAGGCUGUGUGCUACGACAAGGCUUUUCCUGUCUCUCAUUUCCGCUACUUUAUUCUGCAGGUUGUGUUUGUCUCCACACCCACCGUUUUAUAUUUUGGCUACGUGGCCCUGAAGGAACGCAAGCUCCAAGAACAGGAGAAAGAGGACCAGCAUGGAAGACAGAAGGAAGGAAACGGCAAAGAAUUUAAGCUAGAGGUGAUACCGGAAGAGAAUGAAGAUGGGAAACCGAGAAUAAAGAUAAAUAAGCUUCCUAAGCUCAAGGGAAAGACACUGGGUGCAUAUACUGUCAGCAUCAUCCUCAAGGUCCUAAUUGAGAUUGGCUUUAUUGUCGGGUUGUGGUUCCUCUAUGGAUUUGUUAUUCAACCCAAGUAUGAAUGCCAGCGAAGUCCCUGCCCCCACACGGUGGACUGUUUUGUCUCUCGGCCCACUGAAAAGACCAUUUUCACUAUAUAUAUUCAGGUCAUCGCUGCAGUCUCUGUGUUGCUCAAUGUUAUAGAGCUUUUACACCUUCUUAAGAUGCAAAUUACACGUCACCUGGAGAAGAAGUACCAAAGUCAGCAGCAAGGGAUCCCUCGAAGUACAGAGAACACUCCAGAAAAGCUGCAGUCAACCGAGGUUCGGGCACAAACUUACCAGGAAAAAGACAAGCUCUAUCUUCCAGCAGAAAACAGCUGCUACACUGAGUCAGUCAUGGACUGGAGUAAAAGAAUGCCACACUCACCAGGGGAUAUGCUUCCGACUUUAAAGUUUGUCACUGACCCCACACAUAAAGAUCACUACAAAAAGGAUGUUCGCACCAAACCGCAUAAGAGAGAAACACUCUAAUGAUCAACAUUAUGUAUGAGCUUGGACAAUCAGUGCAGUCAGUGUUUUGGAAAAUCAGAGGGCGGGAUGAAAUUCCACUUUAUGCUCCCAAAGCAAUACUGUUAGACAGAUGCCAUUUCCUCCAUUUCCUGUUUGGAUGAGCAAUGGAAUGAACUUUUCUGUAGACUAAACUCACUUUUCAAACAGGAUUUAAGGAUGGAAAUGAGAGAAAACACUGAUUGUCAAGCAUUAGACAUAAAGUAGGGUUUCUGUGAACAAGAAGAAGUUUAAAUUGAUUGAUCUGCUCAAUCAGGAAGUAACAAACAGUGAAUUUUUUACAUCAUAAUUUAAAGAAAAGUCCACUGUAGAGUGUUAAGAUUUUCACUCAAUCUAAUGUCUGCUAAUGAGCCAAAGUCUGUGUUCUAUAUGUUCAUGUGUAUGUUCAUCUGUAUGUGUGUUCUGUACAGUUAGGGAAAAAAUUAUUUGAACCCCUGCUGAUUUUGUAAGUUUGCCCACUAACAAAGAAAUGAUGAGUCUAUAAUGUCAAUGAUAGGUUUAUUUGAACAGUGAGAGACAGAACAAUAACAAAAAAAUCCAGAAAAAUGCAUUUCAAAAAAGUUAUAAAUUAAUUUGCAUUUUCAUGAAUGAAAUAAGUAUUUGACCCCUUCGCAAAACAUGCUUUAGUACUUGGUGGCAAAACCUUUGUUGGCAAUCACAGAGGUCAGACGUUUCUUGUAGUUGGCCACAAGGUUUGUACACAUCUCAGGGGGGAUUUUGUCCCACUCCUCUUUGCAGAUCCUAUCCAAGUCAUUAAUGUUUCAUGGCAACUCGAACCUUCAGCUCCCUCCACAGAUUUUCUAUGGGAUUAAGGUCUGGAGACUGGCUAGGCCACUACAGGACCUUAAUGUGCUUCUUCUUGAGCCAAUCCUUUGUUGCCUUGGCCGUGUGUUUUGGGUCAUUGUCAGACUGGAAUAUCCAUCCACGACCCAUUUUCAAUGCCCUGGCUGAGGGAAGGAGGUUCUCACCCAAGAUUUGAUGGUACAUGGCUCCGUCCAUCGUCCCUUUGAUGCGGUGCAGUUGUCCUGUCCCCUUGGCAGAAAAACACCCCCAAAGCAUAAUAUUUCCACCUCCAUGUUUGACGGUGGGGAUGGUCUUCUUGGAGUCAUAGGCAGCAUUUCUCCUCCUCCAAACACGGCGAGUUGAGUUGAUGCCAAAGAGCUGGAUUUUGGUCUCAUCUGACCACAACACUGGGGACCUUGCAGGCACUACUGGAUUUCAGUCUUUCACGGCGUAGUGUGUUACCAAUUGUUUUUUUGGUGACUACGGUCCCAGCUGCCUUGAGAUCAUUGACAAGUUCCUCCCGAGUAAUUCUGGGCUGAUUCCUCACUGUUCUCAUUAUCAUUGAAACUCCACAAGGUGAGAUCUUGCAUGGAGCUCCAGACCGAGGGAGAUUGGCAGUUAUUUUAUGUUUCUUCCAUUUGGGAAUAAUCGCACCAACUGUUGUCACCUUCUCACCAAGCUGCUUGGUGAUGGUCUUGGAGCUCAUUCCAGCCUUGUGUAGGUCUACAAUCUUGUCCCUGACAUCCUUGGAAAGCUCUUUGGUCUUGGCCAUGAUGGAGAGUUUGGAAUCUGGAUUGAUUGAUUGCUUCUGUGGACAGGUGUCUUUUAUACAGGUAACAAGCUGAGAGGGCUCCCAAUGUCAGCUCGUUACCUGUAUAAAAUACACCUCAGAGCCAGAAAUCUUGCUGAUUGAUAGGGGAUCAAAUACUUAUUUCAUUCAUGAAAAUGCAAAUUAAUUUAUAACUUUUUUGAAAAGCAUUUUUCUGGAUUUUCUUGUUAUUGUUCUGUCUCUCACUGUUCAAAUACACCUACCCUUGAAAUUAUAGACUGAUCAUUUCUUUGUUAAUGGGCAAACUUCAGCAGGGGUUCAAAUAAUUUUUUCCCUAACUGUAUGUAGCUACGUGUUCACAUGAACUACAUAUAUAAAAUAUUAAUGAACAAUCCUGUAAAGGUGUAGGAUUCAGGUUUUUAACAUUAAUGGAGACUGAAUGACCACAACAUAGCUUCUUUAAUUACAGUAUUUAACACUUAACAUGCAAAAUGUAAGUUAGCUACAGUCUAGGCCUAAUUACUAAGCCACUGUAAAAUGUCACUUGAGACUAAAAGUCCAUCUGCUUCUGGGCUGCUUUUGUGUUCCCUUCCUUCUGUUUCUAUAAAUCCACACCUGGUUCCUGUGGGUAACGUUGGAUAACAGCAUUGCGUAUUUGCUUACCAGUGAAUUUAUUUUCUAAUUAGGAUUAGCUAAAUAGCUGUGCCCAAGAAUCUCCUAGUUAUCUAGUAACACUCGUGGACUCGGAUGCAGUUGCAGGUAAAAUUCACUUUAAUGAAAAACUCAAAAUCAGCAUGCAGGAUCAAAAAUGUGAGACGGGCUAUGGUCAGGUGUUUGACAAACAACACAGGCAAGGCAAGGCAAGGCAAAGUCAGCAAUGUGAGAACAGAAACUAGGGACGAAUUCAAAACAACAACAACAAAAGCCUUGGUAAUGUUUUACAACAAAAUGAAAUGAAAUUAAUGAAAAGAUUCAAUUGAAAGAAAGUCAUUCUGAACAGUUUGUGGGUGUGUGUUUGAUUGAACAGAAGCAGCUGGGUAACUGAGAGCAGAGGAGUGUAUGGGGAGUGUAAUCCAUAGAGACCUGUGGAUGGUGGUGGUGUGACACUAGUAUUUCUUCACUGAAUAGCCUGGCAAGCCUACUUACCCUCUGAGUGUAUUUGUGUAUAUCUCAAAAAUGCCUGAGGUUUUUAGUUUGCAGAAGCACAGUGCUGUAGGUAAUGACAAAAUUCCAACACAUAAUCAAGGGGGAUGUAGUAGCUCAGUGGUUAAGGUGUUGGCCUACUGAUUGGAAGGUUGUGAGUUUGAACCUCAGUUCUACUGAGCAAGUUGUAGGAAAUAUAAGUUACUCUGGAUAAAGGUGCAUGCCAAAUAUUAAAAAUGCAAUGGAGAUCCUGUUACCUAGACUAGCAAGAAAUCUAAGAUAAGGUUGUUUUUGCAGAGCUAUUUUCUAUUAUUUCUAUAUUCAAUUCUAUUUCAAUUUCUAGCUAGUAACUAGAAAACCGAGAUAUGGUUGAUUCUGCAAAGCUAUUUUCAACUCACUUUGCACUUUGAGUCCAAACAGAAUCAAUCAGAAUAGCUAUCUAUAGAACUCUUCAUGCUAGUUAUUGUCACUUUAGUGAACAACAGUGAGAACUGUCUGUAAAAAUAAUUUCAUAAUGUGAAAUUACAUAUAUUUUGCACAUAUAUACAUAGACACACAACUUGGAACUAUGUGCCAAAUGAUUAAUAGGAAGCUAGCUUACUUAAGCAGCUAGCAUGCUUUUGUUCACCUGCAAUUUAUCUCUCCUGUUUUUUUGUUUUUUUUCCCGAUAAUUUUCUAGAAAAGGGAGGAGGCGAGUCUCUCCUCAAGUCAAAUUAGCACAUCAAAUUAAUGUACCUCUUUAUGGAGUUCAACAGGCUUUAAAAAGUCUCUUCAAGUCUCUCAGGUAACCUCAACUAUGUAGAGUCAUCCACACUGUUAACAAAGAAAUGUAUUUCUACUCACAUUGGACAAAAACAUUCAACUAUGAGAACUAUGUGAAUUUUUUUUUAAAAAAAGCAUAUAUUUAAGAUUUACUUUAUUUAACAUUUUAAUUCUGUAUUUUUAUUUUGUAUUUAUUCUAAUUGCUUCUAAUAAAGACCAUUAAUAAUG